AUGGGGUCCACCCAGAGUGUGCCUGUCACACCGGCGCCCCACAACAAGCACCUGGCUCGGGUGGUGGAUCCCCGCUCUCCCAGUGCAGGCUUCCAGCGCACGCCCAUCCAGGUGGAGAGCUCUCCGUCGCCAAGCCUUCCAGCAGAAGAACUGAAAAGCCCCAAACAGGCUCAAGACUCAGAUCCUCGUUCUCCUACCCUUGGUAUUUUAGGGACGCCCAGGAAAGCUGGUGGUGUAGACUCUCCGAGCCCAUUGAUGCAACAGCUGAGCGAAGUAUUUGAGAAUGGAGCCUCCAGAGUGACUGUUCCCUCAGAGCCAGCUCUGCCCCGGGGGCCGCCUUUCUCUUCUGAACUGGAUUUGCCGUUGGAUGCUCAGUUAUCUCUUGAGGACCCACUGCUACCCUGGGACCAGCCUGAGCUCCCUUCCAGAGGUGUUUUCUGA